AUGUUGUCCCUUCGAAAUGGAUUGAUUGCCUCCCUGGCGCUGGGUAGCACCUUGUGUGCAGCAGUCCCAACUAAGGAUCACCACAGUGACCACACUGGGUCUCAAAAGAUUGCUCCCAAGGUUUUCAUUGUGUCAAUGUUCGAACCUGAAGCUGAAGCAUGGUGGAACAUUCCCGAGUUCGACCUUCUUGCGCACAAUAUUUCCGUUCCUGGUCUCGCACCUAUCCACCCCGACGUUCACUGUACCGACAACUAUGAAGUCUGUCAACUAGUCACCGGCGAGUCCGAGAUUAACGCUGCGACCACCGUCAGCUCGGUCGUCUUCUCAUCCUUGUUCGAUCUCACCGAGACCUACUUCUUCAUUGCUGGCAUUGCAGGUGUCAACCCCGAACGCGCCACAACUGGCGCUGUCACCUUUGCCCGAUACGCCGUUCAGGUUGCGCUGCAAUAUGAAAUUGAUAUUCGCGAGCUUUCCAGCAACUACACCACCGGAUACAUUCCCUUCGGUGCUUACUACCCUAACCAGUACCCUACCAGCAUCUACGGUACUGAGGUCUUUGAGGUGAAUGCCGACCUCCGCACCCUCGCUGUUCAGUUCGCCCGCCGUGCCAAUCUGUCCGACUCCGCCACUGCUCAAGCCUACCGUGCUAAGUAUGCCACUGUCAGUGGCAAGUACAAGGCCGCUACAUUGCCUCCCAGCGUUAUCGAGUGUGAUGUUGCGACCUCCGAUGUUUACUACAGUGGUAACAUCUUGGGUAGCGCCUUUGACAACACCACCAAGCUGUACACCAACGGAACUGGCCAAUACUGCAGCACUGCCCAGGAGGACAACGCCACCCUGGAGGUUCUCCUGCGAUCUUCCGCUCGCAAGCUCACUGACUUCGCUCGUAUCAUUGUCAUGCGUACCGCCUCUGACUUCGAUCGUCCUUACCCUGGCGAGUCUGCUGCUGAGAACCUGCUCUAUGCCGAUGGUGGUGGCUUCGAGCCCUCCAUUGAGAACAUCUACCGCGCCGGUAUCCACGUUGUUGAGGGCAUCUUGAGCGGCUGGGAGACUACCUUUGCUAAGGGUGUGAAGCCCCGUAACUACAUCGGUGAUAUCUUCGGCACUCUGGGUGGCACUCCUGACUUUGGCCCUGGCCCUGCGACCGCGCUGACUGAGGGUGAUGCUUUCAAGAAGCGCAGUCUGAACCAGCGCCUGCGCCGUCGCAGUUAA